GUUUUUCUCUCCAUAAAUUCACAAUCCUUAUUCCUUCUUACGGAGGCCAAUUAAGUUUCUUCCGGCCGAAGCUUGGUUCAACCAAACAAAUUCCCUAAAGAGUUUGCCAUCGUUUCUUUUCUCGAUAAAUUUCCAUUUGGGAGGUAUGGCUGCUGUUGUUACUGGCCCGGAUGCAAAACCAGCCGCUAACCGCCGCUGCAGGUUUGAGUUGAAGAAAUACAAGGCGGCAUUCAAAUGCGAGGUUUGCAGGGUCAAAAGUUACGAUACUGGAAGAUAUCGGUGCGAUCACUGCGGCAAGGAUCGUCACAUAGACUGCAUUCGACUUGCUGAUGAAAUCGAACUUGGCCCUGGGCCCAACAACAUAUUCAGCACAAGCCCCGUUUUCACGCUUUUUGAUAAUCCACGGAGAGGGAGGAAUUCCGAAAAUAAGAAAUGGGCCAAGAACUGUCUGGUGUGCGGGAUGCCGAUCAGGCAUUACAGCUAUCACGCUCAGACCACGGAAAACAAGGACUUGAACAUGCACCCAUGCUGUGCUGAGCUCGCCACAUUCAACACCAACAGCCGCGUGCCCCUUGAGCUCCAGACGGGGGAAAGACAUAGCUGUGUGUGGUGUGGCAAGAAGCGGCCUGAGGAAGCAUCCAAGUAUGGCCCGACAGAUUUCUACUGUUGGUCAUACAGGUUGACAGAGGGCAAGAACCGCAUCCAUGUGCACUGCUACACAGAAAUGGUGAUUGAGGCCUUGGAGCAGUUGGACGACGAUGACAAUAUACAUAUCGUCCUGAAACGGAGGAGGAGUUCUGAUAGAAAUGAUUUGGAAUCACCUUAAUAUUGCCCUGGACAUUUCUGGAAUAGGAUUCACGCAAACCUUACUGGACAUGAACAUGAGUUUCAUUUAGGGGCUUCCUUCAUCGAAUAGCAGGAGCUCUGACUAGCUAACACGACAAAAUAAAAUGUUCCUCACAUCAAACUAUCAACAGCACUAACAAAUGGUAGCCAGAGAUCACUCGAUCUCAUUGAGCAAAUGAAUUCCAGACCAUCAGAUCAAAAAUAUUUAAU